UGCGCGGGGCGGAGCUGAGCAGGGCCGGCGCCGCACUCACAGCCAUCCGCACGCUGCCGCCAUGGCGCUGCUGCAGAGCCGCCGCCUCCUCCUCGGCGCCCCGCUUCGCGCCGCCGCCACCGCCCGCGCCAGCUCAUGGUGGUCCCAUGUGGAGAUGGGUCCCCCCGACCCUAUCCUGGGGGUGACCGAAGCUUUCAAGCGUGACACCAACUCCAAGAAGAUGAACCUGGGUGUGGGAGCCUACCGGGAUGACAACGGGAAGCCAUACGUCCUGAACUGCGUUCGCAAGGCAGAGGCCAUGAUAGCAUCUAAGAAGAUGGACAAGGAGUACUUGCCCAUUGCAGGGCUGGCAGAUUUCACUCGAGCAUCAGCAGAACUUGCGCUUGGUGAAAACAGUGAGGCCUUCAAGAGUGGCCGGUAUGUUACUGUGCAAGGUAUUUCUGGGACUGGAUCUCUGCGAAUUGGAGCCAAUUUUUUGCAACGGUUCUUCAAGUUUAGCCGUGAUGUUUAUCUACCCAAACCAUCCUGGGGCAAUCACACACCCAUUUUUCGUGAUGCCGGCCUGCAGCUUCAGGCUUAUCGCUACUACGACCCCAAAACGUGUAGCCUGGACUUUACGGGUGCCAUGGAGGACAUUUCUAAAAUUCCAGAGAAGAGCAUCAUCCUCUUGCAUGCAUGUGCUCACAACCCCACUGGAGUGGAUCCCCGGCAGGAGCAAUGGAAGGAGUUGGCAUCCGUGGUGAAGAAACGGAACCUCCUCGUGUACUUUGACAUGGCCUACCAGGGCUUUGCCAGCGGGGACAUCAACAGAGAUGCCUGGGCUGUGCGGCACUUCAUUGAGCAGGGCAUCGACGUCGUGCUGUCACAGUCCUAUGCCAAGAACAUGGGGCUGUACGGAGAGCGUGCGGGCGCCUUCACGGUGAUCUGCCGUGAUGCAGAGGAGGCCAAGAGAGUUGAAUCACAGCUGAAGAUCCUCAUCCGUCCCAUGUACUCCAACCCACCCAUAAAUGGAGCCCGCAUCGCCUCCCUCAUCCUGAACACCCCUGACCUACGGAAGGAGUGGCUGGUGGAGGUGAAGAGCAUGGCUGACCGGAUCAUCAGCAUGAGGACUCAGCUGGUGUCCAACCUCAAGAAAGAGGGAUCUUCCCACAACUGGCAGCACAUCACUGACCAGAUUGGCAUGUUUUGCUUCACGGGGCUGAAGCCUGAGCAGGUGGAGCGGCUGACAAAGGAGUUCUCCAUCUAUAUGACAAAGGACGGCCGAAUCUCUGUGGCAGGAGUUGCAUCCAGCAAUGUAGGCUACCUGGCUCAUGCCAUCCAUCAAGUCACAAAGUAAAGACAAAGGUGUGCCCUGGAGCUGCUUCCCCAUCAGUCAAAGAAGGGGAGGGAAAGGGAGGAAGGAGAACACUUCCAACCACAGCACUUAAUGCCGCUGCUGAAUGUAUCAUGUAGAUGAGUUGCUGUAGAAGCCUCUAGUCCAAAUUGCACCACGCUGUGGAGCAAGGACAUAAUUGCUGGCUCCCUGUCAUCAUGGCCAUUCUCUCCUGCUGCUUGUCCUUUGUCCAUCAGCCCCAACACCCAUCUGCACUGGAGGGAGUAGGUUACUGCUCUGACUGCUCUGCGUCCUACCAGCGUACACACCAAAGGCAUCCCUGUGCUUGUUUCUCCACGAGAAGGCUUUACCAGGCUGCUCACCCCAACAACAGCAGGCAGGGAGCAGGGUGGGCUGGGAGGUGGGAUGUUUGGGUUCAUCUGGUGGCCUGCACUCAGUCUAUCCCUGCUGCCUGCAGGCUCUGUCCUCCUCCAUCCUCUGCUGCUGGACUUGGGCUUAGUCUGGUGGUGGGCAGUGCUGAAGCUGCUGUCUAACAAGGAGUGUAAAGGCUCUGAGGACUUGUCACUACUAAAAUGUGCUCCAUUGUGGGCUUUGUUGUUUCCAUCUGGAACUUUUUCAGGUGUCAUUCACAGUGGCAUUGGUGUGUGUGUGUGUGUGACAGACUCCUGUCACUGCUCUCAACCUCUGCUCCCAUGCUCUGAGGUCAAAUGAUUUCUUGCCCCUCAAUAAGAACUCCUUCUGAAAACUG